UCGAAGAUCCAGACGCAGCCGUAAGAAACUUCCUUCCUCAAUCUCGCUCACCGUCGUUUCUUCUUUCAACUUUCGUUCGGUCGUACUGAUUCACGUCGCCGGCGUUAUGGAGUCCAAUAUUUCUCUCAUUGAAGUUGCCGGAGAAGACGAUUCUCUACUGCAACAGAUUCCAGAAGACGAUCUUUUAGACCUCGAACGGGAGAUGGACGGCGCUACAGCGAGAAACAGCGGCUUCUUCUUGUGUUCGCCUCUCUUAACUAACAGAUCCAUCGGCGCCAUUUCUAGUUCUUCUACUGCUUCAGCAGCUGAUCAUACUGAUAAAGAAAAUAUUAAUGCAAACGAUAUAGAAGGUCCCAAUCUUAGUAUUAUGCCGCAACAAAUGAAGAGGAAGAAGAAGGCUGGAGGAUAUAAUUUGCGGAAAAGCUUAGCAUGGAACAAAGCUUUCUUCACCGAAGAAGGAGUCUUGGAUUCCAUGGAGCUAUCAAUGAUCACUGGUAGUACUAAUACAUUGGGAGCAAUCGACGAAGAAAUACCAGCGACGCCUGGUGGUGGCUCUUACAAUGAUUUAUCGUUUCAAGAUAAAUUAUUCAAGGAUACGUCAACCAGUACUCCCAUUGGUGACAGAAAGAACGGCCGUUGCUUGUUGCCAAAGCGUGGUUCAUCAACUAAAGAUAAUGUCAAGUUGUUGAAGGAGCUAUCAGCCAAAGAUCUCAAUCGGAGUGGAUCAAAACGUGGAAGCUGUCCGCGACCUGUGGCCUCGUCGUCUGUCAAAAGGCCUACAACCACAAAUGCAACAAAAACUAUGAACAAAGAAGAGAGAACUUCCAGAAUUCCAGUUCCAAAACGUGAUUCUACUAUCAUCCCUAGGGCUCCAAGGAAUGCUGCUACUAUACGUGCAAGUGACGCAAAGAGUAAUCAGGUUGCUCAAAGAGGCAAUCAGGUUGCUCAAAGAGUUGUAAGUAAUCCCAAAAUGACUACGUCAAAGGGCUCGUCCAUGAAUGCAAUAAGGGCUUUAAACAAGGAUGUUAAUGCAAGCAAAUCUCUGAAGGCUAAAAACUCAAUUCAACAACCGGGAAAAUUGGCCAAUCCAGUAUUAAAAGUGAAUUCCUCUCGUUGCCAACACGAGUCUGUCGAUCCAAAUGAGGGGUUAAAGGCGAGGGAAAAUUCCUUGAUUUCAAAACCUCUUCCUUCAAAUGAUGAUGGCACCAAGAAAGUUUCUGCUUCCAUUACUCAAAAUGCUCCCCCUGAUGGUCGCAGCAUGCUUAAUCCGACCCAAAUGCCAAAGCCAUCUGGUUUACGAAUGCCAUCACCGUCCAUGGGAUUUUUCGGGCAGAAAAAGGUUUCUUCAUUCCAAAGCGUGCCCCCUGAUGCUUCAGAAUUGCACGACCUUUCCAAAUCGAGCAUUCCUAAUGUGAGAAUACGUGGUCCUUCAAACCCUAUUUGUCAGUUGGCAACACUUGUACCUAGGAACGUUGUGAAAGCAAACCAUGGUGAGGCUUCUGGAGAAACUAAGGUAGUUUCGUACUUAAGUUCGGGUAGUUCAAUAGAACCUGUUUCCCAUUAUAGAGCGAAGUCCGCCUUGAAAGUAGCCAACAUUCAUUUAGGGAAAGUGGAUGUGAUCGGCGCUUCUACAAUGAACAAGGCUUUGAGCGCCCAUGGACUGGUGAAGCCUGAUGUUCUGUCGCUUUCUAAUCCUGUGUUGGAACAUCUUGGAGAUGUAUCUAGAAUAGAUCAUGAGAUUAAGGACCAAUUAGCUGGUGACUCUACCAAAUCAUAUCUUGAUGAAACGAACGAAAGCUGCUCACAAGGUAUGCAAAAUGCUCUUGAUGAUCAGUUAAGGGGUGCAAAACAUUGCAAUGAACAAUCUUCCGAGCAAGUUGAGGUUCCAAACUCUUCUAACUGCAAGAUUGAACGAACUUCUUCUGAUCACCAAAAAGUAGGAAUUGGAACUUGCAAUUCACUCAAGAGAAGUAGAACUUCAAUAGAAUUUGACCAUGGUACAUUUGAAGAUGUUAGUAACGAUUCUAACGGUUGGGAGAGCUGUUCAUUUGAUCAGGAUGAAGAUUUGGAAACUCGUAAAAUGAGAAUAUUACGGACAAGAAAAGCAGAACCAUCUGACGUCGACCACUUCAUUUCAAAUGAAUGCGACAACGCUAUGCAGACCGCUACUGAAUUGUCUAAUUCAGACUCAAUGCUUAUUGAUGAUGAAAAUCCAACUGGUCCAAUUUUGAAUAAUAAAUCAUUACAAGGAAACGGCUGUUCUCUAGCCUCCCAGAACGAGUUUUUGACAAAAGAAAGCAAUGACAUCUGUGAAAAUAAAGUGGAUAGUGAUUACGAUCUUUCUUCUAUUCCACAUUCAACAGCAGAUGUUUGCAACAAUUGUACAGAUGAGAUGGUAGACAUUGUAUCUGAUAUGCAGCAGAAUCACACUUCCUUGGAAACAGAAGGGUAUCAGAAUGAUCGUGGUGAUGUAGAAAUUGCCUGCAACGCUGACGUUGCUGAAACUCUACUAAUAAGCCGAGACUUUCAUUCAAGUGAUACAGAAAAUCAGCUGUAUGAAGCCCACAUACGCAUUGAAUCCGAACAUGUACAAAAUGAAGACAAACAAAAUUCUCUUGUUCAAUCAUCAGUUAAUGAUUGUUGCAUUGACCUGGUAGACGUUUCCCCAAAAAACAACCAAGGGAAGUGCUCUAUUGAUGACUUGUUGCAUAGAAGCAAUUCUGAAGAAAUUAUCACUGCUAGUGUCGUUGAUAGUUCUGAUGUAUGCACGUCGGAAGGGCUUAGUAAUUGUAAUCAGAUGGCAUCACCCAAGGAUAAUAGCAGUAUACAUGAGGAGACACAUGAUACAAGGACGGGUGACAACAUUUUAGAGUCACGGGAGCUCGAAGCAUCAUUAAGAAGUUCAAGUUGUUCAACUGCUAAAUCAUCCGAGGAUGACAAAAGUGGUGAAGGUACAUCUGAAACAAUGAGUAAAAUAACUUCCGAAUCAAGAAUGACAUGCAAUGAUCAGUCAUUUUGUUCGCCAACUAAAGAUUUGGGUUCAUCAAUACCCAACGAUGACACAUUGUCUAGUGAAAAUGUUCAACAGUAUGCGGGAACUAAGGAAUUGGACAAUCACAAGUCUCCAGAGAUGAAUGAAAUGUGCGGUACAUACAAUGACAAUGCACAAUCAGAAGCGACAACUUGCAACGAUUCAUUAUUUUGUUCACCGACUAAAGAUUUGGGUUCAUCGGUACCCAAUGAUGACAUAUUGUCCAGGGAAAAUGUUGAACAGUGUAUGGAAACUAAAGAACUGGAGAACCACAAUUCUCCAGAGAUGAAUGGAAACCUACUACAUCAAAAUGAAAAUGAGUUCAACAGUGAAAUGGAUCACUUACUAAACACCGAAAUGUGCAGCACAUCCAACGACAAUGCUCAAUCGAAAGCAAAAACGACUUGCAACGAUUCAUCAUUUUGUUCACCGACUAAAGAUUUGGAUUCAUCAGUACCCCAUGAUGAUAUAUUGUAUAUGGAAGCUAAAGAACUGGAGAACCACAGGUCUCCAGAGAUGAAUGAAAAUGAGCUCAACAGUGAAAUCGAUCACCUCGUAGACACUGAAACGUCUGGUACAAACGACAAUUCACAAUCAAUGGAGCUAAGAAAGUCUGAGGGUAUUGGGAAGCAAAAUGUUGGGAGAAUUAAAACUUCAACAAAUGCUGUUCCAUUUUCUGAAGAAUGGUUGGCUGCAAUUGAAGCUGCUGGAGAGGAAAUUCUGACCAUGAAAACCGGAGCUGUACAAAAUUCACCUCCCGAUAAGUCCAAACCUGAACCAGGUCCAUGGUCCCCGGUGAAACGCAAAAACAAUCAGGAGAUCGGACCGUUCGAUUGUACAAAAUGUACCAAUGCGAGCCAGCUCCACGAGUCCAGUUAACCAUACGCCUUCCUUACAUUCUUUCCCGCUAACGGUCUCUCUUUUCGUUCUUUUAUCACAAAAAUUCUAUUGUCCCCCCGAUGCCGAACUCCUAAUGACACUAAACAAGAAAAUUCAUCAGACUCGAUCAAACAUUAGUUGCAACUAUAACUUUUUUUAGUUA